UCUCACUUAUAAUAAUCUUCUAUUGGGGAGGUUAUAUUUUUCUUCUUUCAAUUCUUUCAAUUAAGCUUUAAUCACUUCAAGUGUAUUAUGGCAAAUCAUGCAACAAAACAUAGAACACAAACCAAACCAACAACACCUUCAUCAAUUUCUGAAACAUAUCAACCAAAAAACCCUCAUGAAAAGCUCUACACUGAUUUCAAAAUUUACUUUCCCUUUAGCAUUCCUUUAACUUCAGAAGCUGCAGCGAUUCGUGUCAUAAGAAACAUCGAAAAUCUUGGACUAUAUUACACACUUUUUGUGUGGAUCAUACUCUUCAUAAUCCUCAUCCCUCAUCACAAAACAUCAUUGAUUCUGUUGGUUAUAAUGACAUAUGUGAUAACCAUUUAUCAUUUACUACUAAGAGCAUGUCCCAACAACGUUGUGCUACAUAGAAGAGUUGAUAAAAGGUUUGUAUUGUGUGUGUUAGUGUUUGCAACAAUAGUGCAAUUGAUUUUGACUGAUGCUGGUAUUCGUCUUGCAGUUACUUUAGCUUGUGCUGUGCCUUUGGUUUUGGUGCAUGCAGUUUUAUGGGUUAGUCACUAUGUUUUUGAGGUUGAGGAUGUUUCUUGUUGUUGUUGUAACAAAGAAUUGGCUCCACUAGUUGGUCAUAGUGAGUUUGGAGGUGAUGGCCUAGAAAAUGUUUGAUUUUUCUGUGUGUCGGGUCUCAAACCGAGUCUCUCGAGGUUGAAGAGAGAAACUCUCAACCAUGUGACUCUCGAGAGACAGGUGAAAAUGUUUGAUUUUUGUUAGAGAUAGUUUGAAAUUUUUGUUAGAAUUAGUUGAAUAUUGUUUAAAACAGUAUAAGUUAAUUGUAAUUAGUUGCUAGUUGGUAGUAUUUGUUACAUUUUGAUCACUAUUCACCAUCUAAGGUGAUC